AUGGGGAAGAGGAAGUCGAGAGCGAAGCCUCCACCUAAGAAGAGAAUGGACAAGCUUGACACCGUUUUCAGUUGUCCCUUCUGCAACCAUGGCACUAGUGUUGAGUGCCGUAUUGAUAUGAAGAACUUAAUUGGUGAGGCUGUAUGCGGGAUAUGCCAAGAGAGCUUCAGCACUACCAUCACAGCUUUAACGGAACCAAUAGACGUAUUUGUUAUGACUGCAGAUACAGUGAAUGGAUUGAUGAGUGUGAACGGGUCAACACUCUUGAUGAUGAUGGUGCCUAAUGGCAGGGCCCAACCACUGUUGUGA